GCGUAACGAACACUGUAAUAUAAUAGAUGGUUGAGGUUGAAGGAAAGAGAAAGGGACAUGAUGAUGGGUUUUGCAACAAGUGUGCUUCUUUGGUUAAGGAGCAACGUGCUCGUCUCUACAUCCUGCGCCGCUGUGCCACCAUGCUUCUCUGUUGGUAUAUCCAAGGAGAUCAUGACUGAACUCAAACUCAAUUAGUUAAGUUUUAACUCUAUCUAUCUUCAAUCCUCCAACAAAGAAUGUAAUUAGGUUGCUUGUUCAAUUGGGAGCCAACGCCACCUUCCUCGUAUUUUCUCUUUUUGACCCAACACAAAUACAAUGGGUUUUACGUGGACAGGACACCCUCACUCAGUGCUGCUUUUUCCGCAAUCUUCAACACUACUGUCUAUAUAUGGAGCUGCAUGCUGCUUGGAGAGACAAUAUAUAAUCCACUCAUUAGUCCUUCUCAAUCUCAUGGACUCUACUCUUUUUCUUUUACAAACCCCCUUAUGUAAGGCCUUUUCUCUUUUGCCAAUUCGCAUUAUAUAUAGCUUCUAAACUACUAGGACUGAGAAAAUAUUUUCUUUCCUUAUUGUUCAUUUUCAUUAUCUAAAAAGAAGAAUUUGUUGCAUAAUUGCUGGAAUUUCACUUCAC